AGCAAAAAGUCUGGACGCAGGCGGAUACCGGUGUACAGUAAAGUACGCUGACCUGCGACAGUCCUGAUCGCGUUCAUUUUGCACUUGUCAGUAAGCAACUCGACAAUGGGACUUCCAGGAGCUGAAGCCACUAAACAAGUAGUCUUCAAUCCUCCUCUCGACCUUCAGAAAGAUGCACACAUUCCCGAUUUCAAAAGCUACAAGGAACUUUAUAAGAAGUCAGUGGAAGAACCUGAAGAAUUUUGGAAGGAAGUUGCACAAGAUUUCUUCUGGCAUUACCCACCAAAGGGGCCCCUCCUUCAACACAACUUCAAUGUUGCAAUGGGACCCGUCUAUGUGAAAUUCAUGGAGGGUGCUAAAACCAACAUUUGCUACAACUUGCUAGACAAAAAUAUCAAGGAGAAGAACCUUGGAGAGAAAGUAGCCUAUUACUGGGAACAGAACUCACCUGGGCAAGGCUGCUGUAUUACUUAUAAUCUGCUUCUGAAACAAGUCUGCAAGUUUGCAAACGUUUUAAAAAGCAUGGGAGUGAAAAGGGGUGACAAAGUAGCAAUCUAUCUUCCUAUGAUUCCAGAGUUGGUGUAUACGUUGUUAGCCUGUGCAAGAAUUGGAGCAGUGCACUCUGUUGUGUUUGCAGGUUUCUCAUCAGAAUCGCUGUGUGAGAGGAUACUGGAUGCUCAGUGCUCACUUCUUGUCACAGCAGAUGGUGUUUACAGGGGAGAGAAGCUUAUCAACUUGAAGCAGAUAACAGAUGAAGCGCUUGUGAAGUGCAGGCGAAAAGGAAGCUUUGCUAUGAAAAAAUGUGUUGUGAUAAGGCAUCUUCAGGGCUGUGCAAGAAAUGGAAGCUUGAGCAACAUAUUACAGACACCUUGGAAUGUAGACAUAGACGUGUGGUGGGAUGAAGUGAUGGAGAGUUCCAGUGAAGAAUGUGAACCAGAGUGGAUCGAUGCUGAAGAUCCUCUGUUUAUUCUUUACACAAGUGGCUCAACGGGAAAGCCAAAGGGUGUACUUCAUACUGUGGCUGGCUACAUGCUUUACACAGCACUGACAUUUAAAUAUGUCUUUGACUACCAUGAAGAUGACGUAUACUGGUCCACGGCAGACAUUGGGUGGAUCACUGGUCACUCAUACAGUAUUUAUGGUCCACUUGCUAAUGGAGCAACUAGUAUUCUUUUUGAAGGUAUUCCUGUGUAUCCUCACGUGGGCAGAUUUUGGGAAAUCAUUGAGAAGUACAAAGUGACCAAAUUUUACACUGCUCCUACAGCCAUUCGGUUGUUGAUGAAGUAUGGCACAGAGCCCAUUAAAAAGUACAAUCUUGAUUCGCUAAAGAUUAUGGCCACAGUUGGGGAGCCAAUAAAUACUGAAGCUUGGCUGUGGUGCUACAAUAUUGUGGGACAGAAGCGAUGUCCGGUCCUUGAUACUUUCUGGCAGACAGAAACAGGCGGUCAUGUUCUGACUCCUUUACCUGCUGCUACACCCCUGAAGCCAGGCUCUGCUACUCUUCCUUUCUUUGGAAUUUUACCUGCCAUUUUAAGUGAUUGUGGAGAAGAACUUGAAGGUGAGGCAGAAGGCUAUUUGGUCUUCAAGCAACCAUGGCCUGGAAUGAUGCGCACAGUCAAUGACGACCAUAAGCGUUUUGAGAACACCUAUUUCACAAAGUUUCCUGGAUACUAUAUGACUGGUGAUGGCUGCCGCAGGGAUAAAGAUGGUUAUUACUGGAUUACUGGGAGGAUUGAUGACAUGCUGAAUGUUUCUGGCCAUUUAUUGAGCACAGCAGAGGUGGAAUCAGCACUAACGGAGCAUCCAGCAGUGGCAGAGGCUGCUGUAGUGAGUCGUCCUCAUUCUGUAAAAGGAGAGUGUCUCUAUUGCUUUGUCACUUUGAAGGAUGGCAGAGAGUUCAGUCAUUCCUUAGUAGAAGAAAUUAAAAAGCAAGUUCGGGAAAAAAUUGGGCCCAUUGCAACACCUGACUUCAUCCAAAAUGCUCCUGCCCUGCCCAAAACACGAUCUGGUAAAAUAAUGCGAAGAGUCCUCAGGCAGAUUGCUUGCAAUGAGAAAGACUUGGGCGAUCUGUCCACUCUUGCGGAUCCUAAAGUGGUAGAUGUUCUUAUUAGCCACAGACGUGAAGCUGCAGCUUAAAAUGAAACCUGCCUGUUCAAUUCACAAAAGGAAAAGUCUGAAAUGAAAUAACAUUGUUUUGAGGUGUGAAAAGACACCAUGUUUAAGGGACAGACUUUUCACUGUAGGGAAUAAUUUCUUACACAGUGUCAAAUAAGGCAAGAUUUAAAAAGACCAUUCUUCUGUAACGACACUUUGGAAACUGCAUCUACAAUGACACCACUUCAAUGUAAUGUGGCCGUUUCCCCAAUUAAAUAUUGAAACUGAUUUUUUAAGCAGUAUUUCAAUGUGGUCUUAUAACUGGUGAUUUAACUUGAAAAUUUUAAUUCUGCUAUAUAUGGUAAUGUCCAUAUUUUACAUUCAGACAUAAUACUGUAUUUGAUUCUAACAUGUUUUUCUUUAACUAUCAAUAAUAAUGGGUUAUGGAUUAUUUACUCCAAUAGAAAUUAUCUAUGCAAGGCAGAGGAAAACAGGUAGUCUAGCCUUAAACUAGACCUUCACUGAAAAGUAAUGGUAGUGAUGAAUCUCUUCCAGGACAAGCAGAAGUUAUGAAUGGCAAGUUGCCACUCAAUUAAGCAAUCAGUCAAAUUUAUUUUUAUAUGGCCCUUUUCAUGGGGGACAUCAUCACAACAUUCUUUUUAAAGUACAGAGGAACGGCAUAGAAAGUGUUCUGUUCAUUUUAGGAUUGCAGAAAGCCAGAGUUUAUCGCAGCAGCUUUGGGCAUUGAGGCAGAUUGGAAUGGCUUUCAACAGUAGGCCACACUUCACACACACACAUACCCACACAUAAAAAUACUGGUUCAAGUCAAACUUGCCAAUUAAAUAUGCACAUUGUGGGGGAAAUAGCCAAACAGUCACAGAGAGAACGUGCAGAUUUAACGCAGUAACAGAACUGGAAGUCAAGCCUGAAUUCCACUGCAUUAACCACGGUCCCUCUCUGCAAUCCAUACAAAUCAAAGUUUAACGUUUCACUGUCAACAGACUGACUAGAAGCAUUUAUUACAAAUGGAGUAAGAAUUGUUCCAGUUGAAUUUAUUUUAUUGUCUCUGAUGGAAAGGUAAAAUGCCAAAUAAGUUAAGUUUCAUCUAGUCAAUGGAGCAGUUCAAUUCAUCCAUAUGAUCACUCUGACGUAUCUUGAGAAGUUACGUAAAUUAAAACAUCAGUAUACUGCUGCUGGAUUAUGUGAAUUUCCCCUUGGGAUUAAUAAAGUAUCUAUCUAUCUACAUAUACACAACAUUAAGAAUGGACCAAAUAAAAUGCAGAAUGAUGAAUGUUUGUGCUUGCAAAUUGAUAAAAUUAACGACACAAUUUAUACUAUUAUUUAUAUACAUUUGUUAUUAAGCCACUCCAAAAAACAAAGUGCUAAUAAUUAAAUAACCAUUAGAAUACUGAAAUGUGAUUAUUAUUUAAGUGUUCAUCCCAGUGAGUGAUUUGUUGAACCAUCACUGGCUGCUCUUGUAACCACUAAUAUAAGUUUCAAUUAAGUAAAUUUGCAAAUAAUGAUGGAGCAAUGCUAGUGCAGAUGUUUGAACUAUUUAUUUAAGUGCCUACUUAAUAAGGUUGCAGGUUUGCUUCAAUUAUGUUUAAAAUCAUUAAAUUACAUUUCUGAGAACUGGAGGAGUUUAAUCCAAUAUGAUUUUCUUAAAAUCAGAAGUAGAAAUGUAUCCUGUGGGGAAAAACAGUGUAUGUACAAUACAAUUUCAUGUCUGCUCAUUUGGGGGGAUUUUGUUACUGGUUUGCAGUAUGCCUGGAAGAAGCGUUGAAUUGCUCGCUUUAUUUAAGCAAAGUGGUUUAUGUUAAAAUUUAAUCCAAUGCCUUGUGAAGAAUAGGAUGUAAAAGUGUGAUGGCUGGAAACAUUACCUGAUAAAAACUUUACAAUUAUAUCAAAAGGUUGAUUUUUUUCCUACUCAGAUGUAAUUUGGAAGAUGUAAUUUAAUAAAAUACAACUGAAAGCCA